ACUGCAUAGCGGAAUCCCGCAGCUGUGGAGUGUACAGGAAUCUCUUGAAGUUAUGGUUCCAGAGAUAUGAAGGACGCCGUCUAACCCGUCGAGGAGUUACUCGGGUCGCUUGUCGCCAUGGCCUCUUUAACUGUCAGCUUGGCGGCUCAGAACAUUCAGGGGCAUCGCAAGUCCUUCUCCUUGCUCUUCUAUCGGGCUGUGCGGGACCUGAAACCGGUCUGGAUGCUGGAGGACAUGCGGACGAUGGAGACUUUUUACCAGGAGGAGGACGCCAGCCAAAGGAUUUAUACCCCGUCGGAGGCGUUGCUCUACGCUGUAGUUCACGACCACCAGGCGUACGCCCAGUACCUGCUCAGCCGGUACACCGACGAAGCGCUAGCAAAGCCCGGGGAGCGCUUCUGCUGCUGCCCGUCCUCCGCCCCACACCUGGUCAUGGCUGUCCGCUACGACAGGCGCUACAUUCUCGGCCUUAUCUUACAGGAGAUCCACCGGAUACCCAGCGGGACCUCCUACACGGACCGAGCUGGGUGUUUUCACUUGGAGGACGGGAGAACCCCUUUACAUCUGGCCUGCGAGCUAAUGCGGCCCGAGGCGGUCAUCAUGCUUUUGGGGAACGGAGCGUCCCCGCACGCCCUGGACCACAGUGGCUUGACGCCGCUGGAUGUCAUUCUGGAAAAACUCAGGGACUCCAAGGAGGUGAACGGCGGGGGGAGAAGGCAGUGUCUGGACAACCUGCUCAUGUUCAUGCCAAAGGUUAACUUUAAGAUGAAAGGGGCUCUGAGCAGAGAGCCGGAGCGCUGGAGCGAGGUGCUGGGUGAGGAGACGUACAAGUACCUGGCUGAAAGAAGCCCGGCGCCGCUGGUUCUUGCUGCUAUGCAGACUAUUCUGAAGCAGCUCAGCCCUGCGACCUUCCCGGACAGCCUGCAUGAGCUGCCCAUCCCCUCCUCCCUUAAACCACCGGGUCUGCCUGUGACACAGCGGGACAGGCAGAGGGUGGUGUAGCAUCAUUUGACAUGAAGCAUGCUCCAGUAUGAAUACUGUUCUAUUUUAGCAUUGUGUGUGUGUGUGUGUGUGUGUGUGUGUGUGUGUGUGUGUGUGUGUGUGUGUGUGUGUGCGUGCGUGCGUGCGUGCGGCUAUAAAGCAGUAACACUUAAUUUUAGGGCUGCACAAAUAAACACUGUCAGGGAACAAAUGAUUGAAUCUUAUCUUAAGAUGUGACUUUUAUCACACUGUUUGGCCCACUGAUUAAAUUUACUUGGAGCUGGAGGUUGAUUGGACUGUAGUGGCAGUUUGAAGGGCAGCCAGCAGUGGGAAGACCAGGGAAUAAACAGCCAUAUUCUUAAACAUUUUUACACAAAUUCAGGCAUUAUUAAGCAGUGUAUUUGUCUUACCUCAUUUUUAAGUGUUACCUACUAAUACUAACGUUACUGCUAUUUAAGCCACUGUAUCAUAUCAGAGGAGUAGACCAACGCCAGUCGACAGUCUACAUGAACUAUGUUAAUCUUGAUUUUAAUUUAUUUGGGUUUUAUUUAACAGUAAUGUUGAAGAACUGAUCGUAUAGAUCAGUGAUCUUCAACAGGGCGUCUGGGACCCCUACGGGGUCCUCAGAGUCAAUGCAGGGGGGCCUCCAAAUUCUUCUUAAUUUUUGAAAGAUUUUUCAAAAAUUAAAAAGUCUUAUCAUGAAUCCAACAUAUUAGCAAAUAUAAAUCCCCACUGCUUACUGGCCUGUAGGUAAGGUAGUCACUAGGCCAUACACAGAUAGUAAAUCCUAACGAUUCACUGUGCCACAUGUAUGUUUAACAUUAAAAAAUGAUUUAUAAAAUCAUGCCAACAAUUAUUAGGCUAUUUGAAUAGUUUAGUAUUCUAUGCAAAAAAGAUAUGUAUAAAAACUUUAGGCUGCUCUACAGGUUGUUGUAGGCCCAAUUUAAUAUGCAACUUGAUUUUAUACCUUAUAUGUAGUAGAGGGUCCCUGCUCCAUCUCUCUUUCAGUUACGGGGUCCUUGGCUUAAAAAACGUUGAAGACCCCUGGUCUAGAUAAUUUGAGAACAGCCAGCUGACUUGAAAACUCUUUGGAUGACUGAUUAUUUUUAAAUAAAUAGGAAUCCAAUGAU